UGGACGCUGAUGACGAUGUGUGGAGCCACCUUAAAAUCAUAGACCGUGUAUUAUACAAAGGCUAUACCGCGUCAGUAACGUAAAUGUCUACCAAUGCGGAAGUAGUUACCGCGCCAGUACGUGUCGGGUAUAUUACAGUGUACCUGAAUGUAGUAUACUGAGUAUGCUUAGUAAUAUGUAUUUAGUCUUGUGUUCCGAAAAAGGAGAUAUCGAAAGUGAAAAUUGAUUCGAAGAAGGAGUUAACUAUCAGGUCUGUUUAGUGACCUUGGUGCCUAGUGCGAUGGCGACAGCCGUGAAGAAACCAUUGGCUGAGCUAUUCUCGGACUUGUCAUUAAUCACUGAUCUACCGAAGAGGAUCGGUAGAUUUUGGGAUAGCUUGUUGAUACAUCUAGGUUUGACUAGUGUUAACAUAGACCAUAUCAAUCACAACCAUCGACAGUUAGAGGAUAAGAUUAAAGAUGGCCUGGUUAGAUGGAACAGACAAAAAAUGCACAUACCUUGCUCGAAAAGGGCAGCAGAAUUUAUUGAAGCCUUACGAGCAGAGAAUAUGGUUUAUCUGGCGGAGGAACUGGAGGAUGAAUAUAACUUCGAUGACCCCAAGCUUGUUGAGAGCACAACUGACGUUAUGGAGGUCUCACGUGAUACGUCGGCCGACAUAAGUAUAGUGUACACACGUGAAGCGUCAGGCGAUAUCAUCAUGAACAGCCUGGAUCGUCCGAAAUAUGACCGUUCUGACCUGACAGAAAAUGGACCUGACAUCAACGGAGACUUCUCCCUUCGUGAUUAUCAAAUGGAAAUAGCACAGGAUGGUCUAAAAGGAGAUAAUUCAAUCAUCUGGGCAGGGACAGGAUCAGGGAAGACCAGGGAUGCCAUGUACAUUAUGAAGAAUCACAUUGACAACAACCCAACUGUAAAUGACACUCCUGAGCGAUCACAGUCGAGCCAGAUGAUCCUACCAAGCCCUGCUAGUAUGGCAACUGAAGAAGAUGAGAGAAAAUUAAACGAACUUCUCCAAAUCAAUGGAUUGAAGGAAAGUCUCGAUAAUCUACAAAACCCCGCUAGCGACCAACGUUUCGAAAAAGCAGGUAUACGUAAACUAAAGCAACGUUUCUGUGAAGCUAUCAAAGAUCCAGAAAAGAUUUUUGAUGCUAUCGCAGGAGUUCUUGAUUUGAUGGGCCAACUUAUGCCAUUAGGUCUCCCAUUUACCUUAGCCUCCGUGGGGAUCAAAGGACUUCUGAUAUUGUUUACGUUUCUCUCCAAAAAGUCAUCCAAAAUGAAGGUAAUUGAACAGCAGACUUAUCUUGACGACGACACUCAGAAAAAAACAUUUGCUGUGUAUAGUGCUUUAUCUUCCUCUCUUCACUAUCUCAAGGCCAUACACCAACGGAAACUCAACGACCAUGAAAUUUGUAUAGUGCUAGGUCAGGUACCGCGAGAUACGGGUACCGAGUUCCUUGGAGUGCUUGAAUACAAAAUAAAGGAACUUCAAAAUGGAAAAGCAACCAAGCAGACAGGAAAGAAGGAAAAGAAAGAGACAGAGGAAAAUGAAAAGGAUACAUUACAAAGGUGCAAUGCUAUCAUCGCCCACAUUGAUCUGUAUUGUGUUCUGUCCUGUUUGAGAGAGUUUGUUAUGUACUACCUUGUUACAAUACUCGCCAACAACAGAGUUCCCGAGAAUAUAACAGAAAGUUAUCUUGAGAGACGAGAACAUUUCAAAAACAUCAAAGAAGCCUUUUUGAAAGUUCUUCAUGAACCUGAAGCGAAAGAUGCAAGUGUUUCUGCCUUGUUCAAUCAUAAAACAUGGCCAAAGCUCAGUCAGCAACUGGAAUCGCGUCCCGACUUAAGUGAUUUGAUAGAUCGUCACUGGAAUGUUGUGUCUGCCUCUAACGACAGGUUUGCGAUGUUUCGGUGUUCUCCUAAUACUAGAAAGCUGUUCACAGUGACAAGAUACGUUCGCGUCAAAACGUUCGUGGAAAAUACUGAAACGAAAUUUUUGAUGAAAUCUGAGGGUAAUCGAGAUUUCACAAUACAUCUCUGUGAACAUGAUGACUUUACGUGGAAGAUGAAUGGAGAUCUCUUAGAAGCUUCUAGAACGACCCAAGCAGAACAACGUGUCAAAUUCAACAUCGUACGGCUAUCCAAUGGAAAUGUCAUGUUUUCAUCAAAGAAGCGACCAACUUGCUUUGUCAAAAUGGAAAAUGCAAAAGAUGACGCGCGACUGAGUGUAGCCAACAACUCAUUUGACGAGACUUGCCAGUGGAAACUCCAAGUCGCCAUUAUUUGAAAUUUAAAAGUGGUGUAAGUGUGUAUAAAUGUGUCAAUAAUCUUGUACCUGAACACCUAUCUACACAGUUCAAUUAUUAUAAUGACACCCGUACAAGAUCAGCUUCCCAAAACUUCAUACAAGUACUAAAACAUCGUACUUCCUUUUAUCCAAAACAGUUGGUGGUGGAAGGGAACCACAUUCGGAACUGCUAAACAGUAGAAACACGACGUGCAUCCUCCCUUCCUUAAUUCAAACAAAAUAGGAUUGGAAGCAUUAGGAAUACAGUUUGAGUCUUUUUUAUUUUUAUCAAAAAAAACCUCUUAAUAUAGCUUUUUUAUGGUUUUAGUUACGCUAUAUUAGCGUGUAUGCUGUCCAUUUUUAGUUUUUGCUACAUUAGCAUAUAUGCAAUUUAGACAUUUGGUCUUUUACUGAAUACCAUAUUGGCUCAGCUUAGAAUAGUGUAAAUGUAAAUGACCUUUAAAUUGUAUAUAUAAAUUUAGUCUAAUUCUAGUAGUUUAAUAACCUCAACUACUUUUAUGUAUAUGCUUACUGUGAUGAUAAUUUGAAUGCUCAUUUAUUUUCUAUUACAUGAGGAUUUUAACUAACCCUUUUACUAACAGAGGACCCUGUGGAAGAUUAGCUCUGCUAAACAGGUUUAAUAUCCUCAAUAAAUAAAGUUCAAUGCUACAAUGAUUAUUAUUACCCAAAUACUUAACUGUAUACCUUUGAACACAACAAAAUAAGGUUAAGCCCCUUUAACAAUCCCUUUUCCACUACACUGGACCAGGUCCCUUUAACAAUCCCUGUCUCACUACACUGGACCCGGUCCCUUUAACAAUCCCUAUCUCACUACACUGGACCAGGUCCCU